AUGCCACCACCACCAAGAAUCGAUCCUUAUGCUGCUAAUAAACCCUUUUACCCGGAGGAGCCUUCGCCUGACAGCAGUUACGGCGACCCGAAAAGUCGAGGCGCUCUUUCACCUGGAUCUGGAAGGUUGCCCUACCCGAUGAAUCGCAGCGCAACGAGCCCUUUACCGCAAACCCAAAAACCUUUGCCAGACCUAUCGUCCAACCUGGACUCCGCCUUUCCUCGCUUUCCGACCAACCGAAGCGCUACGCCAUCGAGCGCAAGAUCAAGAACUCGCGACAGAUUGGAGCCCUCACCCUCGUACGACCAGAACUACGCCCAGCCGAGCCCGCUAUUCGCACCGCUGAGUCCACGUACAAAUGGAGGAGAAAGCAUCGUGAAGAGGAUGGAUACCAUUGCACCGGGUCCUUUCACUGGUGAUCGCAGGCCAAGCACAUCCAAUGGUCCAUCACCACCUAGUCAAGGCCGGACACCUUUCAGUCACCAGAGGACGAAUACUCAAGGCAGUAUCAGAAGCAAUGGCAUGCUACCGAACUCGAGAAUUUCAACGACGUCUAGCACUUCGCGGGGUUCUAUUUUCUCGUACGGCAGUUCUGAAUUUCCUUCGCGACCGAAGCUUGGUGCGGGACCAUUUGCUACGAUGCCGCCUCCACCACCACCGCCUCCACCGAAAGAUGAAGAACCGGAAGGCAUCGAUGCGUUCCUAGCGCGCUUGCAGAACGAGACCCUGAAGCCUUCCAAGGUAGAUCAGGAUAGUCGAUCGAAGACAUUUCCUAUGCGACAGGAUUCAAGAGAUGCUAUGGACCCUUCAGCGCAACCGACCGAUCGUAUGCCGCCUCCUCGGCGUCCCACCGAUAUCGAUUCGCAAAGUGGUUACACACUCUCAUCGCGUAGUUAUGAGCCUAAGUCAAUGAGCCGGAAAGACAACUUGCCACCUUUGCCAUCUAUCCCGAACUACGCUCGAGACUUUCCGAGCGACACCAUACACACCCCUUCAGAUUCAGGCUUGUCGGAAGACUCAUACGCAAGCUCUGGGUUCAGGAGCAUAGCAAGCUCGAGAUCGAGCCCACCCAUAUCUGAGGCCAGCCAUUCCCGUCAAGCUUCCAAGGUUGGUCGCUUAGAAUACCUUCAUGAUGAGCCUGUUCGCAGGACACAAAGUCCGGAGAUGUUCUUGGACCCACGACCAGCACCGCCACAACCGGAGAGCCGCAGGGCGAGGAGCCCGGAGGCUUACCUACAAGCUCCCAAGGCGCCUUACAUCGGUGCUCCGGCGUCACCUAUAGAUCCCGCCAUCCAAAUGGGGCUUCCCUCUGCCAAGCGAAAAGAAGAGCCUCAACACAUCCGCGAUCCUGCUCUCAACACCCCAGGCUUACUGAGCUCACCACUGCGAAUCCCGGACCCCGAGCCAAGGCGCGAAGUCAACCGCCGGCCCACGACAGCCAACAAGGGCAGAUGUCGCGGCUGCUCAGAGCAAAUCGUCGGCAAAUCUAUCAAGGACUCUUCCGGGCGUCUCACAGGCCGCUACCACAAGCAAUGCUUCGUCUGCCGCACUUGCCGCGACCCCUUCCCCACAGCGGAGUUCUACGUCUUCAACAAUGCUCCCUACUGCGAGCAGCACUACCACCAGCUCAACGGCUCGCUCUGCCGCGCAUGCAAUCGCGGUAUCGAGGGUCAAUAUCUCGAGACGGAUCAGCGGCUCAAGUUCCACCCAAGAUGCUUCUCCUGCAACACGUGUCGUAUCGUACUGCGCGAUGACUACUACGAGGUCGGCGGCCGCAACUACUGCGAGCGCCAUGCGUACAGCGCCGUCAACCAGCGAAACAACUACCUCGGCCCUGGAAACCAGCGGACGCAGAAGCUGGAGAAGCGCCGCACUAGGAUGAUGAUGAUGGUGAACUGA